AUGUCUGCUGGUAUAAAACGCCAGGGCCACUCCUACCGAGGCUCCACUCGCAUGUCUGGAGACCAGUCCGGUGCUCUGCCGCGCGUAACGGGAGCAGGCUGCCGGGGAGACACACGCGACGGGAUGGCCACCCUGGUACAGUCUGCAGAAAUGGAGACUCUAAGCGUUCAAAGCAGUUCGGGGACGUCUCCGACAUCCCCCGGCCCCUCGCAGCACUUCAACGACGGCAAAUUCUAUCUGCUGGUGGUCAUCGGGGAGGUCGUGACGGAGGACCACCUGAAGUGUGCCAUUGCGGACAUAGAGAAAGGGAUCCGCUCAUGGGACACCAACCUCAUCGACUGCAAUCUGGACCAGGAACUCAAGCUGUUUGUCUCCAGACACUCGGCUCGCUUCUCUGCAGACGUCAAAGGGCAGAGAAUUCUUCACCAUAAAAGCAAUGUCCUGGAGACGGUGGUGCUCAUCAACCCUUCAGAUGAUGCAGUUAGUACCGAGGCUCGUCUGAUGAUCUCAGACACUGCCAGACACAAGCUCCUGGUUCUCUCAGGCCAGUGCUCUGAAAACAACGGGGAGCUGAUUCUUCAGUCCGGAUCAUUUUCUUUUUUCAACUUCAUAGACAUAUUCACCGACCAAGAGAUUGGUGAAUUGCUCAGCACCAUUAAUCCAGCAAACAAAGCCAACCUCACACUCUCCUGCCCCGAACAAGGCGAAUGGAAAAACUCAAACUUGGACAAACACAACCUGCAGGAUUUCAUUUACAUAAAGUUAAACUCUGUUUCCAUACUCCCUGAAAUGGAGGGCCUCUCCGAGUUCACAGAGUAUUUAUCUGAAUCAGUCGAGAUCCCGUCUCCUUUUGACAUGUUAGAACCACCGACCUCGGGCGGGUUCCUGAAACUCUCCAAGCCGUGCUGUUACAUCUUCCCCGCCGGCAGCGGCGACUCUGCGCUCUUCGCCGUCAACGGCUUCAACAUGCUCGUUAACGGCGGCUCGGACAGGAAGUCGUGCUUCUGGAAGCUGGUGAGACAUUUGGACCGCGUGGACUCCAUCCUCAUGACUCACAUUGGUGACGACAACCUGCCGGGCAUCAACAGCAUGCUGAUGAGGAAAGUUGCGGAGCUUGAGGAGGAACAGUCACAGGGAUCGACCGCAAACAGUGACUGGGUGAAGAACAUGAUUUCUCCAGAUAUCGGCGUUGUGUUCAUGAAUCUUCCUGAAAACCUGGAAAACCAAGGACUGAAUUACAGAGUGCGGAAGAAUGUUGAGGAGGCAGCGUUCACUCAGCAGUUCCUCACCAAGCUAAAUUUGAGGUUGGAGCCUUUGCACAGGCCUGUUGGAAACACUAUUGAACCACUCAUACUUUUUCAGAAAAUGGGCGUGGGAAAGCUUGAGAUGUAUGUGCUCAAUCCAUCAAGGAACAGCAAGGAGAUGCAACACUUUAUGAAGCAGUGGACUGGAAAUGAAAAAGACACAGCCUCCAUUCUGCUGCCGAACGGAAAAGAAUCAGAGUUCCCCGUCUCGUACUUGACUUCUAUCUCUUCACUCAUUGUGUGGCACCCUGCAAAUCCCUCAGAUAAGGUCGUGCGUGUUCUCUUUCCUGGAAAUGCCACCCAGCAUCACGUCUUCGAAGGUUUAGAAAAGCUGAAGCACUUGGACUUUCUGAAACAGCCAGUUGUCACUCAGAAAGCAAUGUCGACCGAUAUGCUGACAACACCAACGCUUAAGCAAGCAAAGAUGAAACACAGAGCAGACAGCAAGGAGAGCUUAAAGUCCACCCCAAAGCCGUCACCGAGCAAAAGCAUCAGAAAGAAUUCAAAGGAGGAAGAAAAGGCAAAGGCAGAUGCGGAAUCAUCUCAUGAAAAAACACAGAAGACUGAGAAAAAAGAAAAGGCCCCUCUGAAAAAAGACAAGGCGAAGGCACCUGAGAAAGAACCAAAAGCAAAAGCAGAGCCAACUGCUCAAAAUGAAACCCCAGAAAAAAAGAAAUCUGAGAUGAAACCCAAAAAGGAGGCCAAAGUGUCUGUGGAAAAGAAAAAGGAGGUGAAAAAAGAAGUGGCAAAGAAAGACGACACACCCAAACACAACAUUAAAAAGGAUGAAAAAGUAAAAAAAGAGGAGGCAAAGAAAGUUGUAAAAAAGGAUAUGAGGAGAGACUCACCUCUGAAGGAGAAGAAGGAAGAUAAGAAAGAGCAAAAGAAAGAUGUCAAGAGACCCUUCAAAGACAUGAAGAAGACAGCCGCUGUGGCUGAAGAAAAGAGUAUAGCGCCGAAACCAAAGCCCCUGAAAAAAGACAACGCUUCAAAGAAAGACAUGGGGAUCCCAUCAAAGUUAAAAGAGAAAGGGAAGCCAAAGUUGACAAAGAAGGAGACAAAGGUGGACAGUGGCAAGCUUGCAGCAAGUGCUUCUGCCGUUGCAGAGGAUCCAGAAGUUGUAAGAUCUCUGAUGUCCACACCAGAGGACCUCACUAAGGAUUUUGAGGAGCUUAAAGCGGAAGAUUUGGUGGAGGACGACGCAACCGUGCCACAAAUUAAGGAAGAAGAGGCUGUAGUGAUCCACAGUGAAGACAUAUUACAAACCAAAGACUCACCCGAGGCAUUAGAGUCGGUGGAUGAGGGUAUAACCACCACAGAGGUGGAAGGAGACAAUGGAGAGACUCCAGAAGAACAAGUUCUCAAAGAAAAGUUCCAUGGCAGUGUAAUUGAGAAGUUUGAAGAUGAAGGUACUGUCAUGGAGGAGACAUCUGAGGGAGGAGAUUAUGAAGAUAAGGGAGAGAUAGAAGAAGUUUCCGAACCACAGAGAGUGGAACCAGAUAAAAAUAGCGUUAUUGAUGAAGAUGAACAUGAAGCAACACUUUUUGACAUCAUACCGAGAGCCAGUGUUGAAGACAACACUGAUUUAAUUAAUAGAAAUGAAAGUGUGGAGGAAAAAGACAAUCAUAACAUGUUUGUAUCAGCUUCACCAAAAGUGUCCUCGCCUGUUUCUCCGGCGGCAUCUAUCCAUGACGAAAUGCUCCCCGUUGGCUUCGAGAGCUCAACAGCCUCCGAUUGUGAGACCAGAGAUGAAGCCCCUGAGAAUUACACUGUCACCUCCUGCCACACUCAGUCCACCAAUGAGCUCUCCAGUGUGCCUACGCCCAUGGAUGAGGUGUUGACUCCUAAGGACGUCAAGAGUGACGAAAACACCAACGACGAGUCUCCUUCACAGGACGUGGGCAAGUUUGUGACACCCGGAGAGUUCGACAGGAAGAAGCUGUCUCCACUUCAGGACGUUCCAUGGGAGGAUCACUCGCAGAGCGAUGCCACAGAAGGCCAGGACUACAACCAUUCCGCUUCCACAAUAUCUCCCCCUUCAUUGCUAGAAGAGGACAAAUUCUGUCGGGAGUUUCCCCCUGCAGGGACAUCUGAGGAGUUCGCCUCACAUCAGGAGUCAUGUGAGAAUCCUGAAACGGACUCAGACACGGUCAGACUCGGCUCAACUUCCACGACAUCUCCUCUUGUGCGCUCUCCUUCAGUAGACCGCAAGGACAAGUUUGAUUCUCCGUCACCGUUUGCUGCUGCAAUAGAAUUGUCCACCACGCUGGCCGGGUGCGUCAGAGAGAGAGCUAAUUCCUCCACCAGCCAAGACGACAAGACAUUGGAGGGAGCUAAUUCGCCUCAGUCCUCUGGUCACACACCUUACCAUCAGUCACCAGUGGAGGAAAGAGCUGGAGAUCUACCACCUGUGUCAGAGGACGACGCCCCGGGUCCAACAAUUGUGGAGGUCACAAGUGAUAAAGAGGAUUUCUCCAAUAGAGGUACUCCAGAGCCCAAUGAGCCAGAACAAGAAAUGCAAUCCCCCGUAGAGAGGUUAAUGUCCCCACCUAACAGCUCCCGUUCAGCUGAACCCGAUUCCCCAACAAAGAUGGACUCGUCACUCGUCAAUUUGGAUCAGAGGAACAAGAUUCAAGAUUCAAUCUUGUCGUCGGCACCAAUCACCAAACAGGAAUCGGACAAUUGUCCCUCCACAGCUUUCAAAGAGGAGAGUAAAAUGUCCAUCUCAGAGGGAACCACAUCGGACAAGUCAGGAACCUCUCUAGAGGAGGUGGUGGCAGAAGACACAUUUUCACAUUUAGCUUCAGCAUCCACCGCCUCUUUGGCCACCAGCUCCCUUCCGGAACCCACCACUGACUCUCCCUCCCUUCACGCUGAGGUGGGCUCUCCUCACUCAACAGAGGUGGACGACUCUUUGUCCGUAUCUGUGGUUCAGACCCCGAACACCUUCCAGGAGGCCGAGGGAUCGCCUUGCAAGGAAGACAGCCCCAGGCCCAUGUCCAUCUCACCAGACAUCUCACCAAAGACCAAAAGCAGAAUACAGGAAGCAAAAUCCCCAGAGCACUCCACCAUGUCAAUUGAGUUUGACCAGGAGUCCCCUGACCACUCGUUAGCCCUGGACUUUAGCAAGCAAUCCCCCGAGCAUCAAUCCGUGGGAGGCAGUUCACGUGCUACGGAGAACGGUCCGACUGAGGUUGACUACAGCCCGUCGGAUGAAGCAAACGGGAAAACAUCCGAAGAACACAGCUCAUCAGUGGAAAAGCCUUUUGAAGAGAGCGAUUCAGCACUCGCUACUUCUGCAACCCCGUCGGAUGCAUCUCAGUCGACUCCCUCCGUUACAACCCCAUGCCAGAUGACAGAGAUGCUACAUGCCGCGGUUCCCCCGACAGAAGCGUCUCCGGUCACCCCAGAGGCAUCUUCUCCCAAUUACAAUGAGCCAUCCCCUGCGCCAGGAGGCUCGUCCGCUAAAGAAACUAUCAGUCCAGCUUCACCAUCUGUGGAGAGCAUCACUAAUAAAUCUGACACACAACAGAAAUACGGCGAGUCCCCGUCGCCUCCCAAAGCUGCUUCUCCUUCAUCACCUUUGAACUUUUCAAAAGAAAACAUCUUUUCCCCGGGAAGAGAGACUAAUCCCUUUAAAUGUGAGGAUUCUACACCAGAGGCAAAAUCCCCUGUGAGCCCUAUAGUUCCCUUUCCGUCAUAUCUACCUCUGUCAUCUGAUCCUUGUCAUUUCAACACCGCCUGUGGCUCCAGGGAGCCGGACAUUUCCACCAAGAAGAGCCCCUGCGCUCCAUCCAAGACGGAUGUCGAUCUCUGUCUCGUCACUUCAUGUGAGUAUCUCCACCCAAAGACAGAACUGUCCCCAUCUUUCAUCAACCCGAACCCUCUAGAGUAUUUCAUCAAUGAAGAACAUGCCAUGAAUGAGGAGAAGCCUCUGACCAAGUCAGCGGGAGGUCCACCACCUCCAGGUGGUAAGCUUUCCGCCAAGCAGUGUGAGGAGACCCCUCCCACAUCCAUCAGCGAAUCUGCCCCCUCCCAGACGGAUUCGGAUGUACCACCAGGGACAGAGGAGUGCCCCUCUAUCACGGCAGAUGCUAACAUCGACUCAGAAGACGACUCUGAGACUCUGCCGACGGACAGGACGCUGACGUACAGGCACGCCGAUCCUCCUCCAGUGACUCUGAGGGACUCGGCUCCGUCUUCAGGCCACCAUGACGUCUGCAUGGUGGACCCAGAGGCCCUUAAGGCUGAGGAAAACCUCCACAAUGCUAACACGGAAGGGGGGGAGAAGCCCAAGAAGAAAAAGCUCUUGAAAAAGUCUUCCUCGCCUGCUAGGAAGAGUGUCCUUUCAAAAGUGAAGGACACAAAGACUUUGUCUCCAAAGAAGAGUGUCGAAGAAGGAAAAGAUGCAAAAAAUGCAACCAAUACCUCUGCAUCCAGAGGUGUCAAAAGUGCCUCAUCAGGUACUGGCAGUGGAAAGGUAUCCGGCGGGGUUUCUCUGCCCAACUGUCCUCCCAUGUACAUGGAUUUGGUUUACAUCCCGAACCACUGCAAUGCCAAGAAUGCAGAUGCUGAGUUCUUUAAGCGGGUGCGCUCUUCUUACUACGUGGUCAGUGGCAAUGACCAGACAGCUCAGGAGCCCAGUCGGGCCGUCCUUGAUGCUCUGCUGGAAGGAAAGGCCCAGUGGGGAAACAACAUGCAGGUCACUUUGAUUCCAACCCACGACACGGACGUGAUGAGGGAGUGGUACCAGGAGACCCACGACAAGCAGCAGGAGCUCAACAUCAUGGUCCUGGCCAGCAGCAGCACUGUUGUCAUGCAGGACGAGUCUUUUCCAGCCUGUAAGAUUGAGAUGUAGGUCCCGUUCAGCAAGAAAACGGCAGGCCUGUGACUAAUAAUGACUAUUUAAGGUGAAAAAGAAAAAUCCCUGUAGCAUAAAACCUAAGCAGACACUCUAACACGUCAUUCUAAAAUGCCACUUCUUGUGUCUCUCAUGAGGACUAACACCAACAUGAAUUAGCUGUGAGGGGCUCCAUCAAGGACAACGUUUCCUACAUACCGUAAAGUAAGACCUCUGUGAAUUUUUAGGUAUAAAUGGAACAUACUGGGAGGAAAUUACAAUCCAUGAAAAAAAAACAGCAAAGUAACUAUUAUAACUAAAAUACGCUAACUCGGAUCCCCCCGCAUAUCAACAAACAUGAGAGUUUAAUCAAUUUAACUGCGGUCACAGAAGUCAACUCCCCUGCGUGUGAUAUAAUCUUGAAUAACAGCCGUUAUCCACACAAAGGGAUAAAAUAUGUUUUCUGUCAUUGCCUUACGGAGAGAGUCAGAGUGAAUGUACAAGAACUGGUGCAAGUAGCAGACGAGUAGGCAGGUAACUCUACAGACUAGUGGUCAAUCCCAAAAAGGGCUGUUAGAUGGUUAAAUAGUUGAAUGAUAGUGGAUAAGAAUUAACACCUGAUAAGCAUUGAUAUGACAAAAAGUGCCCCCUUUUGUGAAACCCGAUGUCGACUGGGUUUCAUUUGAUUUGUAAUGGAUGUUUUGAAUCUGCUUAAUGUCGCUGCUUAUGUAUGAUUAUUAAUUUAUUAUGUUAAAUGUUCCUUUAUUUAUUGAUUGUCCAGAUAGCCUUUUUGCACUGUCCGAACAGGAAAUUGCUUCAGAACGCGCUCUCUUGCCUUUUGUCUCAAUGCUUUUUAGAAUGUUGCCUUCUAUUUAAUUUAAGGAUUUCUUAAAAAAAGAACAUGAUUGUGUCUCUUACACCUGUUUUUUUAUGUAAUCGUUGAGCUGUGGGAGUGCUAGCCUUUCCCAUUGUAAAUUUGGUGAAGCAGGAUAUUUUCGUAAACCUUAAAAUGUCUUGUUUUUCUAAAGCAUUGUACUAUAAUUAUAAAUAGCUUUGUGGUCGAUGGAGUGGUUGGAAGACGUGCAUGAUAUGUUAACAUUUUUUUUGCUCAGACUUGCAUUAAGAACAACAGGGCUAGGCUAAAUUAAUUGAUGUGAGGAGCAUUUUAUGAUUUUUGCAAGUUGUGCCAUGACAUUGUAUACUACAGUAACUCAAACAGCAUACAAAGAUGUGCUGUAUUAAUAUAACACUUGACUUUGGGUACAGUAGUUCUUAAGGGUGGAGGUUUGGGAGUGAGUGACUGGUGUGUGAAAGUAUGUUAAACAAAAACUAGACACUUUAAACACUUAUAUGACACAAACCAAACUAACAGUGCAGACGGCAACCUUCCGGAGAAAGAUCUAACAGAUCACAAUACGAUGAUUACGUGCUUCGGCACUUUGGGAUAUUUAUCAAAUCACCAGGCUCACCAGAUAUUUCUGAAGUGAUGUUCUGUAACGACCAGAUUCCCCGCAGGGGAACUCAAAACCAACACCAUGAUCAACAACACACCAACAAUCUCUGAACUGACAUUUCUCUUGAACUGGCGUUUCUUCUUUCUCUAUACUCCUUCACUUUCUCUCUCUGUCUAUUUAUCUAAGCCUUUUCCUCCUUAUCUUUCUCUUGGGAGAACUUUAAUAAUGUUUGUCUGCAGCUGUGUGGUAUAUUUGUCUUGUGCUCUUGCAUCUUCUCUGCCCUUUAACCCUACUCAUAUGUAACUCAUAGCAAUUAGUUUCAAGUGAAAGUAUUCCUUAGUGCUUUCUGAUGUUUGUGUGCGAAUCUCUCCCCAUACGGCAAAUGUGAUGUAAGAGGAACCACUACUAAAGAGCAAACAUCUAAAACAAACACAAUAAAAUCUGCUGUGUGACAAAUAAA